AUGGCUGCCAAUGUGCAGUUGAUGUGUCAGUAUUGGAAAACCUUCGAUUUACUUGAACUACAGAGGGAACUUGACACAACUGCAACAGACUUAGCAAACAGACAGGAUGAAAGCGAGGGCUCCAGAAAACGGCUGGUAGAACUGAGUCGGGAAUUCAAGAAAAACACACCAGAGGACAUACGCAAGGUUGUAGCACCUCUGUUGAAGAGCUUUCAGCUGGAGAUCGACUCUCUGUCCAAGCGCAGCAAAGCCGCUGAAGCUGCCUUCCUGUCUGUCUACAAGAAGCUCAUUGACUUACCAGACCCAGUGCCUGCCCUAGAGCAUGCACAGAACCUACAGAAGAAAGCUCACAAAGUUCAAGACCUGGAGAUUGAGAACAAACAGCUGAGAGACACAUUGGAAGAGUACAACCAUGAGUUUGCCGAGGUUAGAAAUCAGG